AGCAAGCCCCCGGCACCGAAAAGGGAAUCUCCUCUCCCUGUGAGCAGCACCUCCAAAGAGAACGGGGUUUGUGUAGAGCAAGAUGAUCAGGACUUAUUUGCAGAUGCCACCGUUGAGUUGUCUCUAGACAGCACGCAGAACAACCAGAAGAAGGAACUGGCCAAAGCAUCCAAUCCUGUCCCCUCCUUAGAAGUAGCUGAAAGCUCCUCUAGGAACCCUCCAAAGAGCUAUGAGGAGCUGGAAGAAGAAGAACAGGAGGACAAAUUUGAGCUGACUGUAGGAGUGAGCGACCCCGAGAAAGUCGGGGAUGGCAUGAACGCCUACGUAGCCUACAAAGUCUCGACGCAGACGAGCAUGCCAAUGUUCAGGAGCAAGCAGUUUUCCGUGAAAAGGAGGUUCAGCGACUUUCUGGGACUCUAUGAGAAGUUGUCGGAGAAGCACGCCCAAAACGGGUUCAUCGUUCCUCCGCCGCCUGAGAAGAGUCUCAUAGGAAUGACCAAAGUGAAAGUCGGGAAGGAAGACUCCUCUUCUGCAGAGUUCCUAGAAAAAAGACGGGCUGCUCUAGAGAGGUACCUACGGAGGGUGGUCAGCCAUCCGACAAUGCUGCAGGACCCCGACGUCAGGGAGUUCUUGGAAAAGGAGGAGCUACCAAGAGCAGUAGGCACCCAGACCCUGAGCGGAGCAGGAAUACUGAAGAUGUUCAACAAAGCGACGGAUGCUGUCAGUAAAAUGACCAUCAAGAUGAACGAAUCAGACAUAUGGUUCGAGGAGAAGCUGCAGGAGGUGGAGUGCGAGGACCAGCGGCUACGGAAGUUGCACGCUGUCGUCGAGACGCUGGUGAACCACCGGAAAGAGCUAGCAUUGAACACAGCCCAGUUUGCAAAGAGCCUGGCCAUGCUGGGGAGCUCGGAGGACAACACGGCCCUGUCCCGGGCGCUGUCCCAGCUGGCUGAGGUGGAAGAGAAGAUUGAACAGCUGCACCAGGAACAGGCUAACAAUGACUUCUUCCUCCUGGCCGAGCUCCUGGGAGACUACAUCCGCCUCCUCUCCGUUGUAAGGGGAGCCUUUGACCAGCGCAUGAAGACCUGGCAGCGGUGGCAGGACGCCCAGACCAUGCUGCAGAAGAAGAGGGAGAUGGAGGCCAGGCUGCUCUGGGCCAACAAACCCGACAAGCUGCAGCAGGCCAAGGAUGAGAUCUCAGAGUGGGAGUCUCGCGUGACGCAGUAUGAGAGGGACUUCGAACGCAUUUCUGCCGUCAUCCGCAAGGAAGUGAUACGGUUUGAG